AUGCUUUGUCUCUACAUAUAUCUUGCUUUGACUGUGUUGUAUUAGAUUAUGUGUUAUGCUGAGCGGCUGUCUCAUUUAGCAUUUUGAAAAAUAAAGAAAUAAAGCAAAUUACACGAAUGUCAGCUGACAUGACUGGCAGAAAGUUCAGGGCCAUAGUGGGUCUCAUGAAGGUCCCGGAGCGCGAACUUAUGGGCGAUAUUUUAUUGCGCGAGAGCGCUGAACCUUCGCUUCCCGUUCACGUGAGUAUCGGUAAAUUUGUCCGUUUGGAUGACGGCCAGUAUAUCGAUACGGAGGACCGAGAUAAAGCUGUCAAGCGACGACAGCUUGCAAACGCAAAGGAGAGAUUGCGGGUGAGGAGCCUGAACAGCAUGUUUUCGUACCUUCGGCGUAUUGUGCCAGUGAUGCCACGAGACCGAAAGCCUAGUAAAGUGGAUAUGCUGAAGGCUGCGACUGAGUACAUCCGGCUCCUGUCAGCAGUGCUCAAUCACACCUCUGCCACUAGUAAUGGGAAUGCAGAUGUUUUGCUGGAGACUGGAAUCAACUACUCCAGCUUGGAGACUGACUGUUCUGAUCUCUGGAACAUGGAGGAUGUGAGUUCUCUGUAA